AUGUCAACGAUGUUGAGUGCGGGUUCCGCGGUGACAUGGCGGACAGCGGCAGCAACGGGAGUGUCUAGGCUGAAGCUGGCUUUGGGGAAUUACUCCGCUGCGGUCGCCUUUAGUCAUUCGAUGGAAACCCAGAACGGCAGUGUCGAUUUGCCAGGUUCGACGGAUGGCAUGUCGUCGUCGUCGCCGCCGCCGCGGGAGUGGCGCUUCCGGCGGCUGUUCGAUGCUCACGGUGGUGCGAAGUUUGCGACGGUUGUGCUCAAUUCGGAGAUCGGCAGCGAGCGGAAAGCGACCGUGUUUGACUUAUGGAAGCGAGCCAAAAUAAAAGUUGCUGUUGAUGGAGGAUUGAACCGGAUCUGGGGUCUGGUGAAGGAAAGGUCAGAAACCGUUGGUGUGGAAGAUGAACAGUCCUUGAUCCCUGACUUGGUGACCGGGGAUUUCGAUUCUGCAUCGCCAGGUUUAGUGGAUGCACUUCGCAAACGUGGCUCAAAUAUUGUACCGACUCCGGAUCAGGAUGAGACCGAUUUCACGAAAAGUCUGCGCAUUCUCCAUCACCUCUUGAUCGAGAACAAGUCUUUGGAAAUAGAAGCUGUGAUAGUCAUUGGGAGCAAUGGGCCUCGUCUUGAUCACAUUUUCGGCUUGAUUCAUACGUUGCAUAAGAAGGAGAAUAUGAAAUUGCUCGGUGAAGUGAAUCUCUUUUUGCUUAUGGAUGAAGACAUUUGCUGGUUAUUACCUCCCGGUGGACACAUACUUGAGGCCCCAAAAACCUUACGUGGUGAAACUUGUGGCCUUAUACCUUUCCAGCGACCUGCCAAGGGAGUGACUUCUACAGGCCUGAAGUGGAACUUGGAAAAUCAGACGUUGGAGUUUGGAAAUCUCAUCAGUACCUCGAACAAAUUCACCGAAGUGGAGAAUAUUGGUGUUCAGUGCAAUGACCCAAUUUUAUGGAUAUCUUCACUAAAUUUUUCAGCAAAGGGAUUUUAUGUCUCGACAGGAUUUUGA